GAGUAAAUAGUGAGUAAUUUUUGACUGUUAAAGAAAAUGUUAUCCACUUGUUUAGGAGUUGUUCUUAACUUCUUACAUUGCUCUUUUGCGGAAAAUAAUAUUGACGCACUGAUUCUCCGAGAUUAAUGCAGUGCUUCUUCUUGUGACGCGCUGAUCAGGAGAAGGCAUGUCGAGCGCUUUAGCUAAUGGACUUGCAGGAGCGGGAGGUGGUUUAAUUGCUCAGAUUUUAACAUACCCUCUUCAAACGGUUAACACACGCCAGCAAACUGAGAGAGUUGUCAAGAAAGGGCUUGAUGUUGGCCAUGGAACCUCUCCCUCUGGAAAUCAGCGUCCUGGAGGCACACUUGUCCAAUUGCUUCAGGUUAUUAAAACUGAGGGUUGGGGUGGACUUUACAGUGGCCUGAAGCCUUCCCUAUUUGGAACUAUUGCUUCACAGGGUGUUUAUUAUUACUUCUACCAAGUUUUCAAGAACAAGGCCGAGUCAAUUGCAGCAGCACGCAAGGUGAAAGGGUUGGGUGAUGGAAAUGUUGGAAUGAUUUCAUGGCUUGCUGUUGCAGCUAUGGCUGGAUGCUUGAAUGUUUUGCUGACAAAUCCAAUGUGGGUACUCGUCACUCGCAUGCAGACACAAACCCAAGCAGAAAGAAACAUAAUGGAGAGAAAAAGGGAUGCCCUUUUGAAGGAAGCUUCUGAAAACAGUGCGACAGCAUCCACCUUGCUAGUAAAGUUAGCUGAACUUGAAUCGUCAAAACCGAAACCAUAUGGAACGCUGCAAGCUGCAGGUGAGGUUUACAGUGAAGCAGGAAUUCGAGGAUUUUGGAAGGGCCUUAUUCCUACUCUGAUAAUGGUUUGCAACCCAUCAAUCCAAUUCAUGAUUUAUGAAACUUCACUAAGGUCUCUCAAAGAAAAACGAGCAACUAACAAGCAUGGAGUGAAGCAAAUAACGGCUUUGGAGGUUUUCUUUCUUGGUGCUGUGGCUAAACUCGGUGCAACUGUUACAACAUAUCCGUUGCUGGUAGUCAAGUCAAGACUACAGGCAAAACAAGAUAUUGGCAGUAAUGUCUCACUAAGAUACUCAGGUACACUGGAUGCAAUUGUAAAAAUGAUCCGGUAUGAAGGAUUACUGGGAUUUUAUAAAGGGAUGAGCACGAAGAUUGUGCAGAGUGUUUUCGCUGCCUCUGUACUUUUCACGGUGAAGGAAGAGCUUGUCAAGGCUUUUACGAUUCUAACAUAUAAGAGCCGCAAGAUCAGACUCAAUGCACUAAGAUGAUUCCACUGGCAAUGGCAUUGCAAUGAAACUUUUUUUUUUUUUUUUUUUUUUUUUUUUUUUUUAUCCCUGGACAUCAGAACUCUUUGAAACUUGAAAAUAGGAAAUUAAUAUUGAUGUACAUAAUUUUUAAAUUUGAAAUUAUUUGGAAAAAAUGAUGGAAAAUGAAGAAAUUUGUCAGGUUAUUUUUAUUUAAGCAUAUAGACAGAAAAGUAUCAUUCUUCACGUGUCUCUACAAUGAUUUUAUCAAUUUAUUAUGCACUCUUUCCCACACACACACACAAAAAAAAAAAAAAAAAAAAA